UGUCGAGGAUUUCGUACCUAAACAACUUUUUAGAAUCCUCAUAACCUGGUCUAUUAUUGACUAUUUCCACGAUCACUUUAUAUAUGUAUAUAGCACAAUAUACAAAUGAGCGUAUUAAAAUUUACGACAGCGAACCUAAAGCCAAGAAAAUAAAAAUAAGUGAAUCCAAUGCUGGUGAAAUAAAAACAAUUGCUGGAUGUACGUUUGUUAUAUGCACAAUCGACUUCCCUCUCUAAAGGAUUAUAAGUCCCUUGGUAUGCAGUCAUUGAAGGAAGCAAUUGAGACAUUGAUUCUGGAAGGCUUACAAACCACAGCCGUUCGUCGAUCAAUGAAACCAGGCCGCGCGCCACAAACCAUCAAUCGCCAGGCAAUACAUAUUCCAGUUGAAGGAAGUACCCGACGUCGUUGCACCAGCUGCAGCGCAAAAAAAACAAACCCGACACGCACUGAGACAAUCUGUAAGGAGUGCCAGUCCCGCUUUGCAAAAUGUGCUUUGCUCCAUAUCACAGAUUUCCGCCCCUGAUGAAGCUAAGAACGUUAGCGAAACGUUGGGCAUAAAGUGAAGCAGAAACCGAGAGUUUUCACUUGCACUUGCACAUGAUAGAUCAACCAAGCCUACAAUAACAUUAAAAAUCUAUACCAAAUUGAUCAGCAUACAAAAGAAGAAUUUAUCUUUUCGGAAGGCCUGCCGAUAAAAUCGUUUUAUUCAACACCAUACACACAAAAAACAACAAAAAUGAAGCACUACUACCAACAUAUGAAAUAUAAAUACGGAGAAGAUACGUGCACAACAUUAAAAUAUUACAGUAAACAAACCCAAAAGCUAGCAAAGCAAAGAGCACAACUAAAAUUCCUAUUAGAAUGUAGAAAGUAUGACCUCAUACCAAACCAUCUGGCAAA